CAACAUAGAGCUACACAGAGAACAUAGAGCAACUUGAGGCAGAGAGUGAGCCGGAUGGAAGCAGAUCCCUGUCGCCUGACUUAGUCUGGAGGACCCGUUGCAUUGUGGGGGAUCACCAUGACUUCCGCUUCUUUUCAUACAGCUCUUUUCGCUCUGACCGUCAUUGUCCAUUUCCGGUCCGCCGGCUCACUGGUCCCGCAGUCGGACGUUCCUCUGGGCCUCCAGCAGGGGGUCGAGUCCUCCGAGUGUGCGUCUUGCACCGUGGGCCAGGUGAGGAAGAACUCCAGCGACAUGGUGGAUGCGGUCAAGCGUCACAUCCUCAACAUGCUCCAUCUGAGCGCGAGACCCAACCUGACGCAGGCGCUUCCUCGUGCCGCGCUUCUCAACGCCAUCAAGAAACUGCACAUAGGCCGUGUGGCCACCGACGGCAGCGUGGACGUUCAGGCAGAUGGCGCCGACCCCGAGGCCCCCGCCGAGGUCGAGGUCAUCGCCUUUGCCGAGCCGGGAGAGGCCGGGAACACCUUGACCUUCGACCUCUCCAAGGAAAGCGGCAGGGCGGCGCUGGUGGAGCAGGCCGACUUGUGGAUCUUCCUCAAAUUGUCCCGGGGAAGUCGGGCCAGAGGCAAAGUGAAGCUGCAGCUCCACCAGGCCGAGCAGGACGCACCGGUGUCGGAGAAGACGGCGGACACGCGUCGCAGCGGCUGGCACACUCUGGCGGUGCCGCGCUGCGUUCAGUCCUCGCUGGACCGUGGCGACGGACCGCUGCGUCUACGGCUGUCCUGCCCGCUCUGCGUCGGGGCCGGCGCCGUGGCCGUCCUGCCUUCCGCUGACGGCGACCGAUCCCACCGGCCCUUCCUGAUGGCGGCGCUACGAGCCAGAGAGGAAGUGGCUCGACGCCGGACCGCUCGAAGUUUGGAGUGCGACGGCAAAACGCGCACGUGCUGCAAGCAACAGUUUUAUGUGAGCUUUAAAGACAUCGGAUGGAGCGACUGGAUUAUCGCUCCGUCUGGUUACCAUGCCAACUACUGCGAGGGAGACUGUCUCAACCACAUGGCGAGCGUCGGCGGCUCGGCUCUCUCCUUCCACGCCGCUGUCAUCGACCAGUACCGCAUGAGGGGCUACGCACCCUUGCAGAACAUCAAGUCGUGUUGCGUGCCCACGCGGCUGCGCGCUAUGUCCAUGCUGUACUUCGACCACGAGCAGAUGAUCGUCAAAAAAGACAUACACAACAUGAUUGUGGAGCAGUGCGAGUGCUCGUGAAAAAAAGACACCCAAGCACGCACGCACACACACACAAAUACUAAGCAGGUCAAAUGUAGGAUUUGCUCAAACGUUCAUCGAAGAAGUUUUUUCCACAUUGGAAAGAAGUAAGGAAGUUCAUUUCAAAAAGUAUGAUGUCAUUCAUUUCAUCACUUGCAGAUGACGAAAUUGACGUAUUAGUUGAAAGAAGCCAAAGAUUGAACGUUGGCUUGUGAGCUUCAAACGUGAAUUAAGGGUGUUUAUAUGCAUGUGUGCCCCCGAUGGACAGGAAGUGGAUGUGCUGCUCAAAUGAAAAUCUACAGGCUGAAGAGGCAGGCCAGCCAAAACUGGUCACCGUGGCAACGAUCAGUUUGUUCACUGACCUACAAACUCACGCCUGAGUCGAGGACUUGAUUUUAGAAAUGCAAAGAGGGCAAACCAAUGCAUUGUGGGUACUGGAGCGUGUGGUAAUAAUAGCAAUCAAAUAUUCGUAGGAAGAAAAAGUUCUCCUAAAAGACAGCAUGACAUCGGCUCCAAAGUAUUGUGAAAUUAUUGGAUGGCCAAUCUAAUCAAAUAUUAUUUUCACUUCCCUUACAAUGCACUUUGAAGGCCCUUUAAGAGAACGUGUGAAGCACAAGCAAACUUUGGGAGCGCAGUGGUCUUGUAGGUUGAUGAGGCACCUCGAGCUUGUUAAGGUCUGAUGCUCGAGCACUCGCAUGCUCUCGUAGUUAUUCUGUAUCAGCAAAGAAACAUCUUCUUUUUUUUUUUUUUUGCACAAGUGAAAAAAUGCUGUCUCACUACUGUGAUGUCAUCAUGUUCUAGUUUUUACUAACUUUCACGAGUGCUGUCUCACUAGUGUGAUGUGUUCUCAGUUGUGACGGA